AAUCCGGUCUGCAAUCGUGGCCCCCUGCUCUAUCGCUCCCCCACACAGUCCAGCCUAGAUCGAGCGCGACCGUUCUCUCCCUCUCCCGCACGAUCCGACGCCGGCCGACGACCCUUAGCCGGCGGCGACCAUGGCGUUCGGUGAGCGCAUCACGACCUUCGAGGACAGCGAGAAGGAGAGCGAGUAUGGAUACGUCCGCAAGGUCUCUGGACCUGUGGUUGUGGCUGAUGGAAUGGGUGGUGCUGCCAUGUAUGAACUUGUUCGUGUUGGUCAUGACAACCUCAUCGGGGAAAUUAUUCGUCUUGAGGGCGACUCAGCUACGAUUCAAGUUUAUGAGGAAACAGCUGGGCUGAUGGUAAAUGACCCAGUGUUGAGAACAAGAAAGCCUCUCUCAGUUGAAUUAGGGCCUGGCAUUCUUGGCAACAUUUUUGACGGAAUUCAGCGCCCUCUAAAAACCAUUGCAAUCAAAUCUGGCGAUGUGUACAUACCACGUGGUGUAUCAGUCCCUGCCCUGGACAAAGAUCAGCUGUGGGAAUUUCAGCCAAAGAAGCUAGGCGUUGGAGAUGCCAUCACGGGUGGAGAUCUAUAUGCUACUGUAUUUGAGAACACACUGAUGCAACACCAUGUUGCCCUUCCUCCUGGUUCUAUGGGAAAAAUAAGCUACAUUGCCCCUUCUGGUCAAUACAGUUUACAGGAUACUGUACUGGAACUGGAAUUUCAAGGGAUAAAAAAGCAAUUUACUAUGCUCCAGACAUGGCCUGUGCGAUCACCAAGGCCUGUUGCAUCAAAAGUUGCUGCUGAUACACCUCUAUUAACAGGACAGCGUGUGCUCGAUGCAUUGUUUCCCUCAGUGCUUGGAGGGACAUGUGCUAUUCCUGGAGCAUUUGGUUGUGGAAAAACUGUCAUUAGUCAGGCACUUUCAAAGUAUUCCAAUUCAGAAGCUGUGGUUUACGUGGGCUGUGGGGAAAGAGGGAAUGAGAUGGCUGAGGUCCUUAUGGACUUCCCUCAAUUGACAAUGACAUUGGACGAUGGACGUGAAGAAUCAGUCAUGAAAAGAACGACUCUUGUGGCUAACACCUCCAACAUGCCUGUUGCUGCUCGUGAAGCAUCCAUUUAUACAGGAAUUACGAUUGCUGAAUACUUCCGUGAUAUGGGCUAUAAUGUCAGUAUGAUGGCUGAUUCCACUUCCCGGUGGGCUGAAGCAUUGCGUGAAAUUUCAGGACGUUUGGCUGAAAUGCCUGCAGAUAGUGGUUACCCUGCGUAUUUGGCUGCACGUUUGGCCUCAUUUUAUGAACGUGCCGGGAAGGUCAAAUGUCUUGGCAGUCCAGAUCGGACUGGCAGUGUCACAAUUGUUGGUGCUGUCUCUCCUCCUGGUGGAUUCUCAGAUCCUGUUACCUCUGCAACCCUUAGUAUUGUGCAGGUCUUCUGGGGAUUGGAUAAGAAACUAGCUCAAAGAAAGCAUUUCCCAUCUGUGAAUUGGCUCAUUUCGUAUUCAAAAUACUCCAAGGCUCUGGAAUCCUUCUACGAAAAGUUUGAUCCAGACUUCAUUGAUAUUAGGACAAAAGCACGUGAAGUGCUACAGAGAGAGGAUGAUCUAAAUGAAAUUGUCCAGCUUGUUGGCAAAGAUGCGCUGGCAGAAACUGACAAGAUUACUCUGGAGACAGCAAAGCUCCUUAGGGAAGAUUACUUGGCACAGAAUGCAUUUACACCAUAUGACAAGUAUUGCCCAUUCUACAAAUCUGUUUGGAUGAUGCGCAACAUUAUUCACUUCAACACAUUAGCGAACCAGGCUGUGGAACGAGCAGCUAGUGCUGAUGGACAAAAGAUAACCUACAGUGUUAUAAAGCAUCGUCUUGGUGACCUUUUCUACCGCCUAGUUUCCCAGAAAUUCGAGGAUCCUGCAGAAGGUGAAGACGCCCUAGUCGCAAAAUUCAAGAAAUUGUAUGAUGACCUUACCGCCGGAUUCCGCAACCUAGAAGACGAAGCACGGUGAAUAUUGUACAUGCCGCAGAAGCAAUAAGACCACAAAUGCUCCGGAAGGUUCUGGGAGCAGUUUGUUUUGCCGAGCCUGAGGUUGUAGAUGUAAAUUACGUAUCAGAUUUCCCCCUACCAACGCUGUCAUUUUGUUAAUUUCCUUGUUUGCUCUUCGGUGCUGGAUGGGCGCACUGUUUUGAUGUACCAUUAUUUAUUGUAAGGCACUGGUGCGCAUGUUCAUAGUUGAAUAAGCACGAUGCCCCUACGCUUGAACAUCAGUACAUAUGCUUUGUUCGUGAACUUUGACCUAUA